UCGAUCGGCACCAGUCGCUAGGACAACGCCGGGGCAGGCGGACAUGACAACACACCGGUGCCAUGUUUAAUUUCUUCAAGAGGAAAGGCGGGAAACCCGAGGCCGCGCCGGCUACGCCCGACGACGACCGAAAACUCCCGAACCCGGACCAUACGAAAUUAACAUCAGUUACGACUCGCGCGCAACGAAACGACACAGAGCCAAACGAAAAAUUCAACACAAUACGGAAAGAUGUAGUGAAUCUAUUGUUACCUGAAACUGACUACAAUAACCAGAAGUCUGGCGUUGGCGCUAUCCUCCAGAUUAUGGCCGGGAAAAGGAAGAAGGGGAAGCGAAGAAAUGUACGCACUGAAUCGUGUAGGAUCAGCCCCUUGAAAGAGACGAAUGUAUUGCAAAGGAGUAAUUCUGAUCGGAAGCCGAGUGACGUGCCCGUUCCCACACAAGUUAAAAAUACACCAGACGAUGCGGACUUCGUCAAAGCUUUGGUACUGCAGAAAUAUUCUAAGAACAACGAUAAUAAAGAACACGUGUCUCUUGUGUACGUGAACGAUCCUGAUUUGGAUGAAAAAAAACAUGCGGAGGCAUUGCUUCGGGAGAUCGCGCGCACUAUAGACUGUACCGUAGACAAAUUAAAUGAAAACAAACAGAUGGGAGGGACGGAUAGCAAAAUAGUUAAGAGUGAACCUCUGUACGAGAGUAUCGACGAACGAAAUUUAAAUUAUAGAAAUGAAUUAAAAGAUGAAUUGAACAAAUUGUUGGAAGCUGAUAAUGAGAACAAAGAAAAUGGAAACGCAGAAGUUGAAUCACCUGGGAUAUCAAAGAAGUCAAAUUUGAAACCUCCAAAAUCUGAUACGGAAGGAUGUUCAGACGACGACAGAUCGGACUGUGGGAAGAAAAGAGUCACAUUCAGAAAGCACAUAGUCUUCGACGAUGGAGAACAACAAACGGACGAAGAAGUAUGUUCCUCCUUCGAAUCCCUCUCUUCUGAAGACGAGGAAUUUCUAGAAGAUGCUGACGACAUUAUUUUCGCUGAUAACACAACAGUUAUUAAUGUAAAUGAUGAUCAAAAUGAUAAUGAAAAAGUGACUAUUAAAAUCGAAAGUCCUGAUACGCUAAAAAGGAUUUCGAGUGAUAAUAGUGAUAGUGGAUUUAUAGAGAUAGGUGAUAGAAGUGAAGUAACAGAUAAAUGUGAAAGUAGUGAGAGUGAAAGUGAGAAUGAGGGAGAAGUGAGUGGAAGCGAGACUGAAGAGGAGAUUAUAGAAGAAAUUAUUGAAGAAAUCAGUGUCUGUGAGCCUUUCGAUGUUGAUAAUGGAAGCAAUGCUGAUGAAACGAAAACCUUGGUCUCUCAAGAUUCGAAAUACCAAUCCCAAGUGGCCUCCCUGACAGAGCUAGAAGACACAAGAUGUUCUGAAGCUGAGAGAACGAGGGAGCUCAUUGCUGCAUACAGAAAAGAAAUCGAGGAAAAAGAACAGGAGAUUCAACAGCUAAAAUGCGAGCUGGCAGCAGCUUACAAGGAGUCGGAGCUGGUCCGCCAAAGGAGCAGAUCUUUGGAGGAAGAGCUAACAGCAGCCAGGACCUGCUCUUCGAACCUCGCUGACCAACUGCAUAGGCGGAAUGAUGAAUCCCUUCGUCAGAUUCGAGCAGAACUAGAGGAUGUGCUCGGACAGCGAGCAGAGCUGGAGUCUAGAGUGCUCGCACUCGAGCGGGACAAGGAACGGCUGGAGCAGGAGAAGAUAAUACAAGAGCAGAAAGCUCAAGAGGCAUUAUCAGCAGCGGAAGCUUGCACGACAAAAUGGCGCGCGGCCCACGAGGCGGCGAGAUCGCAGGCAGCUGCGAGAGCCGAGCGGAUGCUGGCAGACUGCGAGUGGAAGAUGAGGGAGCUGGAGAAACGGGCCCGAGAUGCUGAGAAACAUAAUAAAGAGCUAACAGCAACAGUAGAAGAAUUAAAAUCGGAUCCAAAGCCAUCACCAGCUCAAGUGGCAGAGCUCCAACAGUUAAGAGGCUUAGUGACUGAACAGCAGCGCUCAGUGCAAUCCCUGACGCUGCAGCUGCAGAGAGUGGAAACCAGGGAGGAAGCCCUGAAGUUGGAAGUGCACAGAUUGAAGGAGUUACUGGAGAGAGAGACUUCUAGUGGGAAGGAGAAGGAUGAGAGAUAUCGGAAGGAUAUACAAAAUCUCAAAGAAGAACACUCGAAAUCUUUGGAAAGUCUUCGUAGCGAGAUGCAGUCAGCGGCCGCGAGUUCGCGCGCAGCGCUGGAGCGCAAUCAUGCUGAACGUACGCGAGCCGCCCUCGCCCAGCUCCGCGCUGAAGCCCAGCAGGAUGCCAAAAAUGCUGACAGGAAGCUCAGAGAAGUCACUGCUAGGUUGGAGAGUUUGAAAGAAGUUCUAGCUAAUAAAGAGACCCAGUAUGAGAGGGCCAUUGCUGAGGCCCAUAGCAAAGCGGACUGGGACAUCAUGCAACUACGGCAUAUGCUGGACAAGGCCGACAUCACCUAUGCCAAUAAAAUCGAAGAGAUGAGCGAAAAAUUUGAAAAGGAAAAAGAAAGUUUAAUAGAAGAAUGGACAGAGAAAUUAAGAGAAGUAGAAGAACAAGCAGCCACGGCGGCUGACGAAGCGAAGAAUCUUCUAGAAUCUACUAGACUGAAGCUCAUUGCCGAGAGGAUGGAACAAGUCAACAAGCUUAAGGAACAACAUCGACAGGAGAUGGAUGACCAAUGGGAACAAUUUAUGGAGGACAAAGAGAAUUGUCUGGCGCGAAUGAAGACAGAGUGCCGACAAGAGGGAGAGGAAGAGAGAGUUAAGAGGGAGAAAGAGUUAAUAGAAGAAAUAGCCGAAUUGAAAUCUCAGCUACAAAAUCAAUCGAGCGAGUAUGACCAUCUAGCAGUGAAGGCUGCAGCUUGUGGAAGAACUCUAGCCGUUACUGAGCAAGAACUUAGAGAGGCAUUGGCGAGAGAGAAAGAGCUACGAGAGAAAAGAUCAGAAGAUGCUACGAAGAUAAAACAAGUGGAAAAUGCUUCGAGGGAACAAAUAGAACAUUUGACAAGAAAAUGCGCCUGUUUGAGAAAACUUUUCGACGACAUCCGAGCAAAACUCACAGCUCGAGAGCGAGCUGCAGAACAAGAAUCCAAAGCAAAGGAUAAGGAGCUCCAUCAGUUGAGGGGCGAAGUCGCCAGGCUUACCAAAAUUCUGUUCGAACAAAACACUCCAAAACUAGGUGCACGCACAAGGGCUGAUGGUUGCGAGACUGCGCCCCCCGAGGAGACGCCAGCGGAGCCCCGGCGCAAGGGUGGGACUCUUCGGACCUCCGAAGCUGUGCGGAAGAACUCGAUGUUACCCGACUUCAGUCGAGCUCGUCUCACUCCCGUAGAACUUCAAGGAGGUCGUCCAAGGGCCAAAAGCGUGGACCUACCAGCGGUCCAAGUACCAGUUAGAAUAAAACAAUUGGAAGAGAGGAAUAAAGAUUAAUAAAAUUAAUGUUUUCAAGUGUACAUGGUGAUUUUAAAUCUUAUUUUUUGUUUGUUAAGGUAUGAUUUCAUUUUAAGAGAAAAAUCUAUAAUGUUUUCUUCAGGUUUUACGAUACAACAAUAAAAC